UUCUUUCCUCUUCUCCAAGGAGCUCCACUCCCCUCUCCUCCGCGGCUCCGCCUCGCCGUCUCCCUCUCUUCCACAGAACCAGCCCGAGGGCUAGAGGCAAAGCCUUCGCCGGUCGCCAUGUACUGCGCAACCGCCAGCCUCGCCUCCAAGGCCCGGCGAGCCGGGUGCAGCGCUCGCCAGGUGGGGAGCAGGUUGGCCUGGAGCAGAAACUAUGCUGCCAAGGACAUCAAGUUUGGCGUGCAAGCCCGGGCCUUGAUGCUGAGGGGUGUUGAGGAAUUGGCUGAUGCGGUCAAAGUUACAAUGGGCCCCAAGGGCCGUACUGUCAUUAUUGAGCAAAGCUUUGGCGCUCCUAAAGUUACAAAGGAUGGAGUGACCGUUGCCAAGAGCAUUGAAUUCAGUGACAGAGUAAAGAAUGUUGGUGCAAGCCUUGUAAAGCAGGUUGCUAAUGCUACUAAUGAUACAGCUGGGGAUGGUACUACAUGUGCUACUAUUCUGACAAAGGCUAUAUUCACUGAGGGUUGCAAGUCCGUAGCUGCUGGAAUGAAUGCCAUGGAUCUGAGACGUGGUAUCGUAAUGGCUGUUGAUGCUGUGGUCACAAACCUAAAAGGCAUGGCGAGAAUGAUCAGCACAUCAGAGGAAAUAGCACAGGUGGCUACUAUAUCAGCCAAUGGGGAAAGGGAAAUUGGUGAGCUAAUUGCAAAGGCUAUGGAGAAGGUCGGUAAAGAGGGAGUUAUCACCAUUGCGGAUGGCAACACUCUCUAUAAUGAGCUUGAAGUUCUGGAAGGCAUGAAGCUUGACAGAGGUUACAUCUCUCCAUACUUUAUUACCAACCAAAAGAACCAGAAAUGUGAAUUAAAUGAACCCUUGAUCUUGAUACACAACAAGAAAAUAUCAAACGUGCAAGCAAUGGUCAAAGUGAUGGAGUUAGCUCUACAGAAGCAAAAACCUCUGCUUAUUGUUGCAGGAGAUUUACAAAGUGAAGCAUUGGGUACCCUGAUUCUUAACAAGCUUCGUGCAGGCGUUAAGGUCUGUGCGGUCAAAGCUCCUGGUUUCGGGGAUACCAAGAAAGCUAACUUGCAGGACCUUGCUAUCCUUACCGGGGCAGAAGUCAUAACUGAAGAACUUGGGAUGAAUCUUGAGAACUUUGAGCCUCAGAUGUUUGGCACUUGCAAGAAGGUUACAAUAUCGAAAGAUGACACUAUCAUCCUGGAUGGAGCUGGAGAUAAGAAAGCAAUUGAAGAGAGAGCUGAGCAGCUGAGAUCAGCGAUUGAGCAAUGCACUUCUGACUUUGAUAAGGAAAAGCUACAAGAGAGAUUGGCAAAGCUUUCUGGUGGUGUUGCUGUUCUAAAGAUUGGUGGAGCAAGUGAAACAGAAGUUGGUGAGAAGAAGGAUAGAGUGACUGAUGCACUAAAUGCAACCAAAGCUGCAGUUGAGGAGGGCAUUGUGCCAGGUGGUGGCGUUGCCCUUCUCUACGCGUCAAAAGACCUGGAUAAAUUGCAGACUGCAAACUUUGACCAAAAGAUUGGUGUUAAAAUCAUCCAAAAUGCUUUGAAGGCCCCAGUGCAGACUAUUGCUUCAAAUGCAGGCGUCGAAGGAGCUGUUAUUGCUGGCAAGCUUUUGGAACAGGAAAACACUGAUCUUGGCUAUGAUGCAGCUAAAGGUGAAUAUGUGGACAUGGUGAAGGCUGGUAUCAUUGACCCGCUUAAAGUGAUCAGGACAGCCCUGAUGGACGCUGCAAGUGUGUCAUCUCUGAUGACUACCACAGAAUCUAUCAUCGUUGAGACCCCGAAGGAAGAGAGCAAUGCGCCACCAAUGGAAUACUGACAUGCCAAAGAAGUGUGAUUAAGUGAAAUAUUAGUAGUAGAUUCAUCACUCUGUCUGACGAGGAAGCUGUCUUGAUUUUGAUCCUCCUGCAAAAGAGGAUAUUUAACUUUAGGUAGUGUUGGAAAUUGGGAUGAACAGAACCCUCUUCUACACGUCACUGAGUUAAAUUUUUGGAUCGAAUGGCGGUUGGUCUUAACUGGACGGUUUUGUAACUAAUCCCGAGAAGUUAACUUGGUUACUGGAUCAGGUGUGGCACUGGUUUAAGAUGAAUGUGAAUGUUAGAUGUUGACUUGAUGGAGUGA